AUGCACAUCCUGCCUAUUGCAAAACGCGGGUGGCUCCUUGGGCAUUUAGAUAUCAAGUCUGCCAUCCAAGGCAACAUUUCUCAAACCCAGCUUAUAAUCACAAUCGCAUCGAUACUUCCUUCUCCAAGAACCCUCCAUUCGUCCCGCAGCCGCCCUGCUUAUAGCCAACAACAAAUCGCUUGCCACACUUUUUCCACCACUACUAAGAUGGCUGGCGACGCACCGCCCACGAACACGGUCGAGCAUGGUGGCAAAGAGUACCGAACCGUCACGGAAGGAAAGGCAACUAUCCUAGUGCCCCAGGGCGCCAAGAUUGGCGAGGAUCGUGGAGAGGUUCAACAAGUCUUCUACAACCCCAUUCAACAGUACAAUCGCGAUCUCUCGGUUCUUGCGAUCAAGACAUACGGCGAAGAGGUUCUCGAAAAGAGACGAGAGCAGUAUGAAGCGCGCAUGGCAAAGCAGGGGAAGAAGAGAAAGCGCGAUGAUGAUGUGUCAAAACCUAAGGAAACCGCUGACGAGGCCGGAAAGUCCACAGUCGAGGGCCAGUCGCAAGCUCUCGAGCAACCAAAGUCUGGGGUUUCGGAGAAGCAACAGAAAUUCGAGCCCCCGAAAGCCCAGUUCAAGAUUCUUGACGCUCUGUCAGCGUCUGGAUUGCGAGCCCUUCGAUAUGCUCAUGAGCUGCCCUUCGUAACCUCUGUCAAGGCGAAUGACCUGUCUGAUUCGGCCGCGGAGACGAUCAAAAUGAAUGUAAACCACAAUGGGCUUGAGGAAAAAAUCACCGUCACGCAAGGCGAUGCUCUCGCACACAUGUACCGCGCGAUUGCGGACGAUUUGUCGAGUCGAGAUCGACAAGGGAACGCCGGCAAGGCUCACAAGUUCGACGUGAUUGACCUGGACCCUUACGGUACGGCCGCGCCAUUCUUCGAUGCUGCAGUCCAGGCUGUACGAGACGACGGUGGUCUUCUUUGCAUCACCUGCACAGACAGCGCUGUGUGGGCUGGGCAUAGCUACUGCGAGAAGACGUUUGCCUUGUAUGGUGGAAUUCCCAUUAAAGGCAUGCACUCGCACGAAGGUGGUCUACGACUUGUGCUGAACGCAGUUGCAACCUCUGCGGCUCGCUACGGUCUGACGAUUGAACCCCUCCUUUCGCUUUCGAUCGACUUUUACACCAAAUUCUUCAUUCGUGUUACCAAGUCUCCUCAGUCCGUCAAGUUCCUCGCUGCUAAGACGAUGCUGGUGUACAGCUGCGAUCAAGGCUGUGGUGCUUGGGAAACACAGCCUCUCAUGAGAAGCAAACCGACGCCCAAUAAGAAGGGGUCUGGGGCUUUCUACAAGCACACUAUGUCUCUCGGGCCGACUGCUGAUCGGUUUUGCCAGCACUGCGGAUUCAAGAUGCACAUCAACGGCCCGAUGUAUGGAGGACACAUUCACUCCAAGGACUUCAUACAGCGACUCUUGGAGCAGAUCCCCGGAGCGGACAGCUCUGUCUAUGGCACCUUGCCCAGACUUGAGGGUAUGCUUCGAACGGCUCUUGAGGAGUAUCUCGAAGGACCAGAGAUCAAAGAGUCAAUCGAUCCCAAGGAUAUCAAGCUUGCAGCCAUUGACAACUACCCCUUCUUUGUCAUCCCUAGCAAGCUGGCCAGCGUGGUCAGUUGCUCGACCCCUGGCGAAGAUAUGUUUAGAGGGGCCCUGAUGCACCUGGGUUACCGAACUACGAGAAGCCACUGCCGACCGGGAAGCAUCAAGACCGAUGCCCCUUGGUCUACAAUUUGGUGGGUGAUGACUGAGUGGAUCCGCCAGAAGUCUCCCAUCAAGGAAGCAAAUAUCAAGUCAUCCUCGGCUGCUUGGAAAAUCCUGAAAGAGGCGGGCCUGGUUGGCCGUGAAGAUGCUGGAUCGGAGGAAGCACCAUCCAAGGAUCAGAGCACAGAGAUGGAGGGGGUGGAACAGCAACAGGCGUCAGACGCGAAGGCCAAUGAGUCAGCCGAUGCAUCAAACGGAAGCGAGGCUGUCCCUCCAACCGAAGAGGAGCUGCGCAAGACAUUAUUGUUCAACGAGGACUUGGUGCGACUUGUGCGUCGACGUGGAGAACAAAAGUAUGUUCGAUACCAGAUGAAUCCUCGGGAGAACUGGGGUCCGCUCUCCAAGGCCAGCAAACGGUAA